CUCCUGGCCUUAAGUGAUCCUCUGAUCCUCCUGCCUUGGCCUCCAAAGUGCUGGGAUUACAGGCAUGAGCCACCGGCCACUCUUCUGAUCAUGACCCAAACCUCACCUCCUCAGGGAGGGCUUCCUACCUUUAAUCAACCCCCAACCUGAUGUUUCAGAUCCUCUUCCCUUUAUCACCAUCUACAUAUUAUCUGUAUUAUUAUUGAGUUUAUCAUCUUUCUCCUCAGUAAGAAUGUCAGCUCCAUGAGGGCAGGCAGAGAUGUCAUCAUUUUGGGGGGGAACUGUGUCCCCAGUGCCCAGGACGUUGCUGGGCACAUAGCAGGUGCUCAGGAAUGAAUGAAUGAGCAAAUGAACACAUGAACUCACUGGCCUGUUGGGGGCGCUGUGACCUGCCUACCUACAAACCAGCCCUUCUCCUCCUGCCCUUCGCAGCCUUCCCUCCUGCAGAGCGAGGAGCCAGGCCCCCGGGGGACCAUGCAGAAGGCCGGGGCACGGGGCCGCAGGGCCUCUGACUGCGGGCCGGCCCCUCUCCAGCCCAGGAGCAUCACCAAGUUCGCCCAGUACGUGGGCUCCUUCCCCGUGGACGACCUGGACACACAGGACAGCGUGUGGCUGGUGCAGCAACAGCUGUGGGCACUGAAGGACUGUCCCCGACGCCGGGCUGUCAUCCUGAAGUUCAGCCUUCAGGGACUCAAGAUCUACAGUGGGGAGGGUGAGGUGCUCCUGAUGGCGCACGCCCUGAGGCGCGUGCUCUACUCCACCUGGUGCCCCGCCGACUGCCAGUUUGCCUUCAUCGCCCGCAACCCACGGAGCCCGGCCAGCAAGCUCUUCUGCCACCUGUUUGUGGGCAGCCAGCCUGGAGAGGUCCAAAUCCUGCACCUGCUACUCUGCCGCUCCUUCCAGCUUGCCUACCUCUUGCAGCACCCUGAGGAGAGGGCACAGCCCAAGCCCUGCCCAGGACCUUCAGGGGACAUGCCCCAGAAGCCACUACCCAGCCCUGGAGGACCCCCUGGCCUGAUGCGGGAGCCCUUCGGCCGUGAUCAGCUCUCACAGAACGUCCAUGCGCUGGUCUCCUUCAGGCGGCUGCCAGCAGAGGGCCCAGUGGGCAGUGGGAAGGAGCUACCAGAUUCAGAAGGCCGCGGGGGGCCCCGCCACUUCCGCGUGGGAAAUCCCUACUGCUCGCCCACGCUGGUGCGCAAGAAGGCCAUCCGCAGCAAGGUGAUCCGCUCGGGGGCCUACCGAGGCUGCACCUACGAGACUCAGCUGCAGCUGUCGGCUCGGGAGGCCUUUCCUGCUGCAUGGGAGGCUUGGCCCCGGGGGCCUGGUGGCCCCUCGUGCCUGGUGGAGAGCGAUGGCAGCCUGACAGAGAACAUCUGGGCCUUUGCUGGCAUCUCCAGGCACUGUGCCCUCGCCCUGCUGCGGAGAGACGCGCUCGGGGCCUUCCUGCUGUGGCCAGAGCCGGGCGCCAGCGGCCAGUGGUGCCUGUCGGUGCGCACGCAGUGCGGCGUGGUGCCCCACCAGGUCUUCCGGAACCACCUGGGCCGCUACUGCUUGGAGCACCUGCCAGCAGAGUUCCCCAGCCUGGAGGCCCUGGUGGAGAACCACGCUGUGACGGAGCGCAGCCUCUUCUGCCCCCUGGACAUGGGCCGCCUGAACCCCAUCUACGAGGAGCAGGACUCUGGGCCCGAGGGCAGGCCGCCCCGGACCCUCCGGCCCCUUAGCCAUGCCAAGUCCGAGGCAGAACUGCAGGGCCUGGGCUAGGAGGCCGGGCCCCACUCCCAAGGCCAGGACUCACCCUGGCCCUGACCUCAGCAGCCUCUGCCCUCCUUGCACCCCACUGGUCACUAGUUCCAUCCAGUCACCUUGCCCCUUGGACCAGUCUUCCAUUGCUUCACUGCGUGUGGGAGGGGUUCCCUGAGAUCGGGGCUCGCCAGUGGCUCCUUGCAGAGCAUGUGCCCCCCCCCCAGAUUCCAGGAGGGACAGGCAGAGCUCCAGGCUUCCGAUAACUUGCUGGGUGACUUCAGAUGCUUGUCAUUUCUGGGCUUCCACUUUCCUCCUAAGGUGGGAGCUUGUUGGUGAUGGAGGUGCAGCCCUCUCCCAAGGGGGCCAGGCCUUGGGCCCCUGACUGGGGGUCUCCAGAGAGCUCCUGACAGAGGAAAGCAUAAAAGUGAGGGAAAAGGGCUUGGGGGGCAGGGCUGCGUUCUCACUUUGGGCAAAGAUCUGGGGGUGAGCCACCUCUCAGAGAGAGCAGAGGUGACCCCGAGGAGCUUGUGGGUGGGGAGGCUGGGGCUGAGCCACACCAGGCUGACAGGUAGAGCACAUGCAUCUGAGGGCGAAAGAGUCUCAGCUUCAGCUCUGAGCAAUGGGGGGUUACGAAGGUGCAGAAAGGGCAGGGGGCACAAAGAAGUGUGCCACUCAAGGUCCAUGCCCAGGCGACAGCUGUGUGCAGAAAGGCCUAUAGCCUGGCAGACAGGGCAAAGAGUCCCAGCGUGCUGCUCAGGAAGGGACCCAGGACUGUGAUUCCUGCUUGCCCAGACGGGAUGCCCACAGGACAUUUGGUGGCUGCCUUGGGAAGCCUUCUUAGCAUGGUGCUGACUGACCACUGCUGUCAGGGGCACCUGACCUGGCCAGCCCCAUCAGCGAUGGGGUCAGAGCAGAACCAUCCAAAGGCAGAACUGACUUGGGCCCUGCCAGAGGGGCUUGGCCUCGCAGCAGUGGGAGACCCGAGGGAGUGAUUCUAGGCUCAGGCAGUAGCCCUGCCAGUGACUGACAAACCCAGGUGUCCUCUUUUGUAAGUAACCUCAGCAGAAAAAUAUGUAUCUUCUGAAUUAAGUUACAGAACAAGUUCAUUGUGGAAGAACUUCUCUUCCUGAGGCAGAGGCCUGGUCUGGUCGUGAGUCUGGGGGCUGCCUUUUCCCCCAUCUGGAGUGGGACGGAGCAGUUCAGUGCCUGCAAGGAGGCGGCAGUCCCUACGGAGCAGGAAGAGGGGACAAGCUUGGGAGGGCAAAGCAGGCCCCUCAUGUUCCCAGCUUCCCUCCCCCCAGCUGGGCCAGGAUAUUGGCUCACGACCUUCUCACUUUCUCACAAGUCAAUAAGAUGUCCUGUCGCAGGGGAUAGGAGGAGGCUGUCCUUUAGGGGCUCUUUUCACUGGAAACCCAGCUCUGGUUUGAUGAUGUGAGUGGGAAGCUGGGACUCUGUUGUGCUGGCAUCUCUACCGGAACCCACCCCUUCCCUGGGCAGAGCCCUGGUCUCUGCUGGGAGGCCCCCGCCUCAAUCUCCCGGCCAGGAGAGGGGUUUAGUGACAUCCUGUGACUGGGAUUACAGCACCAGACAUGUGCAUUUAAGGAGACCUGGUAAUUGGCCCAGACUUGGGCCAAGGCUCACCUCUGUGCAGGAAGGGUUUUGUGUGAAUUUUCUGAGAAUAAGGCAAUAGGGGACGUUCACACUGAAGGGACCAGUCUUCCCCAAGCACUUUAACUUCCUUCAGACAGCAUUUAUUGAUCAUGUGUUGUGAACAGGGCAAGGUCUUGGCCCAUGUUUGCAGACUCCUAAAUGUCUAAUUAGAGGCCAAAGUUUUCUCUUUGUCCCAAUGUACCACCUUGGUGGCCCAGCUCUCCUUACUGUGUGGACUUAAAUAAAAUGCAUUUCUUUGGA